AUGUGGACGCACCGCAGGCAAGGAGCAAUUACAAGCCCACUCGGUGCUAUCUGGUUUCUAAUCCGAGCUGAUCAUGUCCCGUGCAGGCUUGGUAUUGCGUGUUACAACGCCGGAACGCAACAGCUGGUGACGACGGAAACCUGGGAAGAGUCAGCAUCAGGAGAAUUUCCCACUAUUCAGCUGUUAAAAUUCCAGGAGCAGCCAACAGUCAUCAUCGCAAGCACUAAAGCAGACAAGGCCUUUCUUAAUGCCUUGGCAACACCAGUUGAGGAAGGUGGAAGCAAUUAUUUUGUGAAGACUGUUAAGAGCAACCUUUUCGGUUAUGAACACGCUCAGAACAGACUUACGUUCUUACAGUGGAGCGGCAUGCCCCAGGGGUUGAAUGCGUCUCAUAGGUUGCAACUUCUCAACACCAAGAUUAGGCUGGAGGACGAUGUGCAAGUCAGAGCACUGGGUGCUCUGCUCACGGUACUUCAGCAAGAAAUGAUAUUGGACAAUGUUGAGGUCACUGACAAUGACGGAGACUCUGCUUCUCUUGGAGUUCGGAUAGGAAGCAUUUCCCAACUGAAUUUAGAUGGUUUUUUGUCAGUGGACUCAUGGACCCUAAACAGCUUGCAGAUAUUUCAGAGCGACAAGCAUCCCAGCCCUAUGGGCAUUGGCAAGACUAAAGAAGGAUUCUCUGUGUUUGGAUUGCUGAAUAAGUGUGUGACAGCUGGAGGACGAAGCAUGCUUAGGAUGUGGUUUCUGCGACCAAUUGUAGAUUUGCAAGUGAUCCAAGAUCGACAUCAAGCAAUAUCAUUCUUGUCAUCUUUUCCCGAGCUGCUUACAUCUCUGCAUUCUUUCCUUCAACAUGUGAAGGACAUCCCAAAACUGUUGUUGAAGUUAAAGUCAGCAACCACAGUCGUCACCCGUAAGGACUGGCUUCAGCUACUUGAGUCUGUGAGCUACUUGCUUGAAGUCCGUGAAGUGUUUGAAGUCACUGUGGCACAGUGGCAAGCUGAGAAAAGUAGCAACGCUGCUUUUCCCCUUAUCCCAAAGGUCUUUGAAGCAUUCAGUGAUCAUCUGACCUACAUAAGGGACUUGAUCAGUGGAGUUAUUGAAUUUGACCAAGUGUGCGGAACAUCACAAGAAACAAUGAUCGCGUAUGGCAUUUGCCAAGAGUUGGACGAGUUGAAACAGUUGUAUGAGGGUCUUCCUGACUUCUUAACAGAGGUUGUGCAAGAGGAGCUGAAGAAGAUGCCAUCUGGUUUGGCUGAAGCAUCCGAGUCACCUUCAAUUGUCUACAUGCCUCAAGUUGGCUACUUGAUGCGCUUUGAAGGGCCACCGUUUUCUGACGAAGCAAUGGAGGGCCUUCUAGAUUAUCGGUUUGCGUUUGAAGGUGACAAUGGUGAUGGCGCUGCUUCUUUUUACCACACGGAUAAGACCAGGGAACUAGAUCAGGUUCUUGGUGAUGUGUUCCACAAGAUCCUAGACAUGGAGAGUGUGAUUAUUCGUGAUCUUGAGGGCCGUGUCCUUGAGCAUUCCGAUGCUUUGAAUGUGGCGUUUGCAGUGGCUGCUGAAAUUGAUUGUCUUGUGUCUCUGGCUCUUUCUGCUCGAGAAUUCAAUCUAAAGCAGCCACGACUGACCAAGGAAAACGUGCUGAAGAUUACGAAUGGAAGGCAUUUGCUUCAGGAGCUUGUGGUCGAUACGUUUGUCCCAAAUAACACCAGCAUCAACCAAGAUUCAGGCAGGAUAGUUGUCAUCACAGGUCCAAACUUCUCUGGGAAAAGCAUUUAUGUCAAGCAGGUUGCUCUCAUUGUGUUUUUGGCCCAUGUGGGAAGUUUUGUACCUGCUGAAAGCGCGGUCAUUGGUCUCACGGACAGCAAUCAGUCAUCAUUUUCGAGUGAUCUGAAACAAGUAUCGAGGAUGAUCAGCCUUGCAACGUCACGUUCUCUUUGCAUUGUGGAUGAAUUUGGAAAGGGAACUCUAGUUGCAGAUGGUGUUGGUCUCCUUUGCUCCACACUUGGGUUUAUGGCAGCUCAACCAAUUCCACCCAAGCUACUCUCUGCACAAAUCACGUUUUGCACCAUGGCUAUAUUGGAGCAGCCUGAAACUGCUGAAGGGUCCAACGAAAUCACAUUUCUGUACCGCCUUAAACCUGGGCGUAAUCUAGACAGCCAUGGAAUACACUGUGCUCGUCUAGCAGGACUUCCUCGAGCUGUACUUGACCGUUCUCGUGAAAUCCAAUCCAAGAUACAGGCGGGGAUACCUGUUGAAAGGCUGUCUAAUGCUCGCACAUCUGGGAGGGACAAAUGUUACAAGAACCUUGUGGACAGGCUACUCAGCUACGACUUUAACUCCGCAAGCGCGAAGGACUUCAUUUCAACAUUGCCCCUUACGAUCCAGGCUGAGCCGGUUUGA